AGCCAAAAAAUAAAACCACAAACUACACUUCAGGGUGGAGCAGCAUUUUUUGUUAGUCGAAAAAAACUCUCUCUUAGAAAAUUUUCUCUGGAAAAUAAGCCAUCAAUGAGUCUCAACCAAAAGAAUAAACCAGAAGUGAUUGAAGACUGUGAUGCAGAGGCUGUAUGUGAAAGAAAAACUUUCAUCAAAGAACAAGUGUCCAAGUGCCUGGUACUAGAAAAAAAAUUGAAUAUUGAGGUGAGUGCAAGAAGUAAAAAUGAAAAGAAAUUAAUUCAGGAUUCAUCAGGUGCAGUAGUUUCUUCAAAGGAAUAUACACUUGAUAAAAAUAAGCACCUGCCUUCAGAUGAUUCACUUGGUGAGAACAAAACCAUUUCUCCUGAGUCCCUUGUCUAUCCCAUCUUCAGUGUGUCUUCAUGUAAUACAAAAAGGUCUCCAGCUGAAGAACAGUCUUCUGUGGGGCCUAUCACAUGUAUUAACUUCUCAAAACAGAACAAUACACAGAAAAUUGUGAACACCAGAGAUACAAAUAAAGAAACGAAGGACCAGCUCGUCAUUGAUGCAGGUCAGAAAUAUUUUGGGGCUACUAUGUGUAAAUCUUGUGGUAUGAUCUAUUCUGCUUCUAAUCCUGAAGAUGAAAUGCAACAUGCCCAGUAUCAUCACAGAUUUCUGGAGGGAAUCAAAUACACAGGCUGGAAAAGAGAACGAGUGGUAGCAGAGUUUUGGGAUGGAAAGAUCCUGCUGGUCCUGCCACGUGAUCCAAGUUACGCUAUCAGAAAGGUAACAGAUGUCCAGGAGCUUGUUGAUUAUGAACUGGGCUUCCAACAAGUUGUUCCCAAAUGUCCAGAAAAAACCAAAACUUUUCUCUUUGUUUCUGAUGAUAAGAGAGUAGUUGGCUGUUUAAUUGCAGAGCCAAUCAAACAGGCUUUCCGUGUCCUAUCUGAGCCAACUGGCCCAGAAUCCUCAGGCUCUAAAGAAAAUUCUAGAGCCUGGCAGUGUUCAAAUGUACCAGAACACGCAGUCUGUGGGAUAAGUAGACUCUGGGUUUUCAAACUGAAGAGAAGAAAGCGCAUUGCAAGACGACUGGUUGAUACUCUCAGGAAUUGUUUCAUGUUUGGCUGUUUCCUCAGCAUAAAUGAAAUAGCAUUUUCUGACCCAACACAAGAUGGCAAGUUAUUUGCAACCAAGUACUGCAACACCCCUAACUUUCUUGUAUAUAAUUUUAAUAGUUAA